AUGAUUAAUAAUCUGUAUAGAUCCACGCGCGUUUUACAACGAACGUGUAAAAUUUCAAUGCGCGAUGUUUGUCGAAAAAUAUUCUUACCAACGAAUUUGAAGAGAAAUUAUAGUUCGGCGUUAUACAUUUCCGGCAAUAAAGCUUACAAAGCAUUUGCAUUUUUAUCACCAUACCUGGAUUGCGACGAGAAAUUCGCCAAUGUGGACAAGCUGCAGAAGGAGGUGAUGUUACGCGGGAUGAAUGUUGACGUCGUUCAAUUGAAGAAUGCAUGGGAUUUCUACCUAAAGAUGAUCGCGGAUAGAUGCGCUUUAGAAGACAACAACUCGGAACUCGCGGGUCGCUUGAGACGUCUAUGGGAAAGUGCCAAUCGUACUGCUGAGCAAGAGCAAGAAAUACACAAAUUGCGUACACAGCUCAAUAUUAUACGGCAAGACUUGAAGACGAUAAAAGAAGCAAUCUGGGAUUUGGACGAAGAAGUGAUAGAAAAAAUCUUGAAAUUACCAAACGAGUUGGAUCCGAGAACGCCCGUCAAUGAAUCGGUAGUGCUAAAGAGCGUCGGGAGCGCGCCCAAAUUCGAGGAAAAUAGGAGGAGUCAUGUUGACAUUGGGACAAAUCUAGACCUGUUGGAAUACAAGAAUCCUAUGUAUUAUUAUUUAUGCAACGACGCAGCCUUGUUCGAACUCGCUGUGCUGGCUCAUGCAGGUCGAAUUUUUUCCGAGAACGACAUGGUUAAAAUAAUUGGCACCGAUUUCAGUCGUAGCAUCGUAGUGGAAGCCUCUGGCUUGAAUCAUGAGGACCCUACGGCCACCUUCGUAAUAGAGAAUCAUAAUGAAAUCGAGAGGGGCUCACCGAACCGCAUGCAUCUGGUUGGCGGCGCGAGCUUGGUCUCUUUCCUGAUACUGCAUACAAAGCAGUUGAUAAAUCCCAAUCAUUUUCCGCUCAAGUACUUUGCAACCGGUAGACAGUACAUGCCAUUACCGCGUGAUACGCACGCGUGCGGUUUAUUCACGGCGUGUCAGGCAUCUGUGGCGCACGCUUUUGUCAUGGUGAAGGACGCGAAAAGCGAGGAGUAUGAAACUCGAUUCAAUGAACUCUUGGAAAACGUAUGCAGAUUGUACGAUGAUCUGAGCGAUCAUUAUCGCGUCGUAAUGCGAUCCGCAUCCGAGUUACAGCCUUGCGAGGGCUUGCGCGUUUCCUUCGAGAUGUGGUCGCCGUUCGCAAAUCAGUAUAUAGAAAUUGGUCACGUAUCUGUGUACGGUAAUUAUUUCAGCAAGAGGUUACUGAUCGCCUAUCAAACGCCAGGCGGUAGAAACUUUCCCGCUGUGAUAUCCGGUACCGUUCUCUCCGUUCCACGUUUGCUAGCUUGCCUACUCGAACAAAAUCCCGACAAAUUCGUGAUUCCACCGAAGAUAGCUGAUCUUGUGCUUUCGGAUGACUAUAUUGCUACAUAAAUGCUACAUAAUGCUAUGUAAAUAAAUAAUUAAAGAAAUUUUUUAUGUAUAUUACGAUUAAAAUAUUAUAAAAAUAUCGUAUAAACUGUUCAGGCUAGAAAAGAAAAUUUCAUGUUUUCGUAAAAUAUAUAGGAACAAUCGAUUGAUAUUUUAGAAUGCGAGUUGUAAACAAGCAUUAUUUUCAAGUUGUAACAUGUCUAAUAUAUAUUAGCGAAAUAAUAAAUGUUUAAUUACACCUA